UUCUAUCUUUUGUAAUGUAAUCUUUAAGCUUUCUUUUAACUUGUUAUUAAUUGAUCACUAUGUAGCGUACAUUAGACACGAAAUGCUCUUUCUUUAUCAACAUACAGUAUGUAGAAUACGUAAUGCGUACUUACAUCUAUGGCGAUAUUGCUUCGUACGCUUCCACAUUUUGCACGGUCGGCUUCUGAAGGCUUAUCAGUUUUACGAUCAAACGUACGGCAAAGCGUAAAUAUGGCGAAAAAAUCUGCAAUCUUAUUAAUAGCUGACGGCUCCGAAGAAAUGGAAGCUGUGAUAACCGCAGAUAUUUUGCGAAGAGCUGGGGUUCAAGUUACCAUUGCUGCUAUUACCGACACUUUAUGCAUCAAAUGCAGUAGAGAUGUUAAAAUUUGUGUCGAUGCAAAAUUGCAAGAUAUAGCCGACCAAACAUACGACGCCGUAGUAUUGCCCGGUGGUCUUGGUGGUUCAAAAGCUUUUUGCGCGUCGGCAGAAGUAGGAAAGCUGUUGCAGAGACAAGAGAAAGAGAAUAGAAUUAUUGCUGCUAUUUGUGCUGCACCAACUGCGUUGAAAGCGCAUGGAAUUGCUAAAGGGAAACAAGUUACGUCUUAUCCUUCGAUGAAAGAUGAAUUAAAAGACGAAUAUAAGUAUUUGGAAGAUAAAGUUGUAAUUGAUGGUAAUCUGAUAACCAGCAGAGGUCCAGCUACCGCAUUUGCUUUUGGUUUAGCUAUCGUGCAGAAAUUACACGAUAAAGAUACGGCGGAUAACGUAGCAAAAGGAAUGUUGUAUUCUGAGUGAAAAAUCCAGUUAAAAUACCAUUGUACCAUUGUAUUUGUAACAUAUAUAUAUAUAUAUUUAUAUUUAUAUUUAACGAAUAAAUAUUAUGCAUGAUGCAAAAUUA